ACAGAGAUGAGUUGCUUACAAAUAACAUUGUUCAUGUGCAUUCUGUGCACAAAAUACUUAUUGGGUGACAUAAACUUCGAUACAUUAAACGUGUUGAUGGAGAGUGUGCAAAAGAAUUUUAAUGAAAUUGAUCCAAAUAUCGAACGUAAUCAUAAUGCCCUGAAACGUCUGGCUGUAGUAAAUUUGCCAAAAUAUGGAAUACUACAGGGAUCAGUAGAUUUUACGGCUUGGACGCAACGAAAUAUUUAUCAAUUUUUGAAUGUACCAUACGCCGAAUCACCUAGUGGAAAUAGACGAUUUAAGGCACCGGUCCCUAUCAAACCAUGGAAUGGAGUGCGGAAUGCCGAAACUUAUGGCACAAAAUGUCCAACUUUACACGAUUUGAAUGAGAUGGCACCAAGCGAGCGUGAAAAGAAAGACUUGGAAGAUUGCUUGAAUAUGGCAAUUUACACUACAAAUUUGAAUGCUUCACUUCCUGUAAUGGUCUAUAUUCAUGGCGGGGGCUUUUACCUCCAUAGCGCCAAAGAAUUUCCACCAAACUAUCUAAUGGAACGGGAUAUUGUUCUAGUGGUUAUCCAAUAUCGUUUGGAUAUUCUUGGAUUCCUGUCAACAAACUCAAAAGAAAUUCCCGGCAACGCAGGUUUAAUGGAUUCGAUACAGGCAUUGCAAUUCAUAAAGGAAAAUAUAAAAUAUUUUGGUGGAGAUCCGAAUAAAAUAACGAUCUUUGGCCAAUCAAGUGGUGCUGCAAUGGUGUCGACACUGCUUGUCAGUCCAACCGUUCCACAGGAUCUCUUUCACAAAGCUAUUAUCCAAUCAGGCUCAAUUUUUGGGAAAUGGGCAUACACGAUCGAUCCCGUAACUGAUGCCAGGAACAUUGCUCAAGCAGCUGGAUUAAAUCCAAAUCAAUCGCUAUCAUCUCUCAAUCGAGCAUUCAUGACGAUGACUGUACACGAAUUGCUGAAAGCUGUCGAUAAAUAUCAGAUGAACGGUUUGCUUGACGGAAAAGUUUUGUCUGGAGGACGAUCAAUAUCAAUCGGUGGACCAAAUAACUUACUAUCGGAUACACCACAAAACUUCGUUUUAUCAGGAAGCUAUAAUAAAUCGAUUCCGAUUAUCGUUGGAACAACCAAAGAUGAUGGAGAUUACGUUGCAACAGUUGCAUACGAUAUUCUGGCCGCCAGCAACAAGUUGAGUGACAAAACCUUUAUGUCAAAUGAUUUAAUUAACGCACUUUGUCGGAUGGCAGGAAUCGAUGAUGAAAGUGGUGUACUUGAAGCAUUAGCAUCUUCUAUUUACUGGACGCAAGAACAGAUUUUAUCGGCAGAUUUUGGUGUUUGUUCGCAUGGCAUUAUCGAUAUGCUAGGAACGGUCAUCUUUAAAGCACCGGCUCUACAAUUGGCCCAAACAAAUUCACGAAUGAAUCCACUUGGAACAUUCGUAUACACAUUAGAUUAUAAAGGCCAGUAUACAAGAUUCGGUUAUGGAGGUGACGUAUCACAUUACCCAUUCAAUGGCGGCGUUUCCCAUUCGGAUGACCUGAUUUAUCUGUUCCCAUAUCCACCUGAAGUGGCUCAAUUAAAUGAAGACGACACAAAAAUAGCAAAGAUUUUGGUCGAUUUGUGGACAUCAUUCGCAAUAAACGGAACUCCAGAUUUAUCCAAUAGCAAAGAAGGUAUUAACGAAGUGUCUUGGCAACCGUUUUUAGGUCCUUUGGGUGCGUAUCUUCAUAUCGGAAAGGAAUUACAAAUCGAUAAUGAUUACCGUAACGAAUUCACCGCCUUAACUCGAAACUAACAACGUUUAUUGUCAUUGUGAAUCAUUUUGAUUUAAUUUCAAACGUUCAGUACCUAUUAAUGUUCAAAAGAUAGAGUUUUGAAAUUGAAAAUUUUAAAUGGAUAAUUAUUAAAUUCUUAUGUUCAAUGCUCAUAAAUAAUUUCAAAUAAAAUCUUUUCACUUUUCAAA